CGCAGAGAAUGUGCCCACAGAUGCCCAAUUGUGGUGGACAUGGAUGCAAUCAAGGGGAAGACAUGCCUUCCAAGUUCAAGAUCUCGGGUACCGGUGCUUACGAUAACCCGCAGUUCAAUACAAUCGACGAGAACUCGAAUCAGACGAGUGGUGGACACACGCGACGGAAGUCCAGUAUUUUGAGACUACUUUUUAAGAGUCACGACAGACGGGAGUCGGUUAUAUCAAACACCGAGGUCUUUCCCAAAAUCGAGUUUUAUAGGAGUUAUAACACUCUCAGCAAAAAGGCUAAGAGGCCGGACAUCGAGGAACUCCAUUUGCCGCACAAUUCUCUAUCACAAACUAAUAGCGAGCAACUCAGGGAUAAUGAAAAUGUUGGAACGGCUACCAAACUGGGCUGGGUCGAUGGUGUAUAUAUACGGACAAUGAUGAACCUCUUCGGGGUUAUGCUAUUUCUUAGGAUGGGUUGGAUGGCGGGACAGGCGGGCAUUUUGUUGUCAUUAGCCAUGAUAGGAGUGGCCACGAUCAUCACAAUAGUGACCACACUGUCCAUGAUAGCCCUGUGCACGAAUGGCAUUAUAGGUGGGGGCGGUAUAUACGCCAUGAUAUCCAGGAGCGUGGGCCACGAGGCGGGCGGUGUCAUCGGCUUUCUGUUUACGUUCACAAACGCGGCGUUCGUUGGACUCAACCUCUUAGGGACAGCCGAAAGUGUCUCAGAUAUCUUCAAAGUCUUUGAUAUCACUAUCUGUGGUUCGCCAGAGAAUGAUCAAAGGAUUGUCGGCUACAUAUGUCUUAUCAUUAUUGCUAUCAUACCGUUGAUUAGUCUGGAAUUUGAAGCCAAAACACUGAUGUUCUUCUUCUGCACACUAAUCGUAUCGCUCAUCGAUUACUUCGUCGGAGCGAUAAUGAGCCCAACCGACCAACAACUGGCCAAAGGGUUGGCCGGCUUUAAGCCGUACGUCAUAUCCAACAAUCUGUACCCGCGUUGGGAUGGCUUCAGCUUC